UUCUCCGCAUUUCAGGCUACUAAGCCCAUGAAACUGGUCUGCGAGAUUCUUGAUAUGUUUAGCAAGCUCAGACUCCAUGUCAUCAGAUAAGACCUUGUGUGCCUCUGCUACUCUGUCACAGCCUCUCUUUUGCACAGGUACAGGUAUCGUUUUUUCUGUUGUUGUCAAUGUACCUCUUCAAUGUCAUUCAGUCAAUUUUUUCAUCCCCUGCUCCUGCUCGAAUGGACUUCUUCCUUUCUCUCACUUCCUUGGCUGCUCUCUCGAGAACCUCAAGGGGGGCGAUACCCCUGUCCUUUUUAUGUCUGUAUGCACAGGAUAUGAAGAUGUCUUCUCUGUAAAAAUAAAAUGCACUUGAGUUCAUACGCAAGACACAUUGCAAAAAUACUAUCAGUUUUAUGCAUAAAACUGACAAAAUGAAAUCAUCGUUUGUAUGGGGUAUGGUAGCCAUUGGCUCAACUUACCCCAAGGCAAACAUUUUGACUAUAUUAACCCACAUAGCUACAGGGAUGCACUUUCAUGCUAGGUUUAGGACCUCAUAUGGUAGCUUAUAAAGACCCCAACUGAUGUAUAAAACAAUCUUAAAAAUAUAUACUUUGGUUUAGAUAUAAGUUAUUGUGUCAUGAUGCUUGUAACACAAUACAUUCAUUUGACUUUGUGAAAACCAGUUUUCUGUUUUUUGGACCUAACUUGCAUACCACUUUUCCCAUGUGGUUUCUUCAUUCAGACUCCAUGAAAUGAUGACCUCUUCCUAAAUAUUUGGUUACAUGAUUCAUUUUGUGUAUGGUUUCCUAGAAACAAGGGUGGCUCAACUUACCCCUUUGACUCAACUUACCCCACUCUCCCCUACUAGAUGGCCGAUAGGGCAGUUGAUUUGAACUCACUCUAUGUCACACUUCUCAUUCAUAAGGUUUGCCUUGAAGCCCAGCACGGCGAACACCACCAGAGUAGCCAGGAUGGAGGUGACAAAGUUGAUAAAGGAGACGAGCACUGCGUCAAAGUGGCAGUUGUUGUCUAUCUUGUUGUAGCUGGAGAAGGCGAUGACUCCACCGAAGCCCAGGCCAAGGGCAAAAAACCUGUGUGGCUGCCUCCCUCCACACCUGGGGCUCCAGCAUCUUCUCCAGCUUGAACACACAAUAACACACUGAUGGACUGGUUGGGGCCUGUAAGUAAGCAUUUCACUGUAAGGUCUACCUACACCUGUUGUAUUCGGCUCACGUGACAAAUAAACUUUGAUUUAAUCUCUCUUUUGACGAACAUAUCAAUACUGUUUCAAGGACAGCUUUUUUCCAUCUACGUAACAUUGCAAAAAUCUGAAACUUUCUGUCCAAAAAUGAUGCAGAAACAUUAAUCCAUGUUUUUGUUACUUCUAGGUUAGACUACUGCAAUGCUCUACUUUCCGUCUAAAUAAACUUCAGUUAGUGCUAAAUACGACUGCUAGAAUCCUGACUAGAACCAAAAAAUGUGAUCAUAUUACUCCAGUGCUAGCCUCCCAACACUGGCUUCCUGUUAAGGCAAGGGCUGAUUUCAAGGUUUUACUGCUAACCUACAAAUCAUUACAUGGGCUUGCUCCUACCUACGUAUCUUUCCCAUUUGGUCCUGCCGUACAUACCUACACGUACGCUACGGUCACAAGACGCAGGCCUCCUAAUUGUCCCUAGAAUUUCUUAGCAAACACCUGGAGGCAGGGCUUUCUCCUAUAGAGCUCCAUUUUUAUGGAAUGGUCUGCCUACCCAUGUGAGAGACGCAGACUCGGUCUCAACCUUUAAGUCUUUACUGAAGACUCAUCUCUUCAGUGAGUCAUAUGAUUGAGUGUAGUCUGGCACAGGAGUGUGAAGGUGAACGGAAAGGCUAUGGAGCAACGAACCGCCCUUGCUGUCUCUGCCUGACCAGUUCCCCUCUCUCCACUGGGAUUCUCUGCCUCUGACCCUAUUACAGGGGCUGAGUCACUGGCUUACUGGUGCUCUUCCAUGCCGUCCCUAGGAGGGGUGCGUCACUUGAGUAGGUUGAGUCACUGACGUGAUCUUCCUGUCUGGGUUGGCGCCCCCCCUUGGGUUGUGCCGUGGCGGAGAUCUUUGUGGGCUAUACUCGGCCUUGUCUCAGGAUGGUAAGUUGGUGGUUGAAGAUAUCCCUCUAGUGGUGUGGGGCUGUGCUUUGGCAAAGUGGGUGGGGUUAUAUCCUUCCUGUUUGGCCCUGUCCGGGGGUAUCAUCGGAUGGGACCACAGUGUCUCCUGACCCGUCCUGUCUAAGCCUCCAGUAUUUAUGCUGCAGUAGUUUAUGUGUCGGGGGGCUAGGGUCAGUCUGUUAUAUCUGGAGUACUUCUCCUGUCUUAUCCAAUGUCCUGUGUGAAUUUAAGUAUGCUCUCUCUAAUUCUCUCUUUCUUUCUUUCUCUCUCUCGGAGGACCUGAGCCCUAGGAUCAUGCCUCAGGACUACCUGGCAUGAUGACUCCUUGCUGUCCCCAGUCCACCUGGCCGUGCUGCUGCUCCAGUUUCAACUGUUCUGCAUGCGGCUAUGGAACACUGCCCUGUUCUCCGGACCUGCUACCUGUCCCACACCUGCUGUUUUCAACUCUCUAGAGACAGCAGGAGCGGUAGAGAUACUCUCAAUGAUCGGCUAUGAAAAGCCAACUGACAUUUACUCCUGAGGUGCUGACCUGUUGCACCCUCGACAACUACUGUGAUUAUUAUUAUUUGACUAUGCUGGUCCUUUAUGAACAUUUAAACAUCUUGGCCAUGUUCUGUUAUAAUCUCCACCCGGCACAGCCAGAAGAGGACUGGCCACCCCUCAUAGCCUGGUUCCUCUCUAGGUUUCUUCCUAGGUUUUGGCCUUUCUAGGGAGUUUUUCCUAGCCACCGUGCGGCUACACCUGCAUUGCUUGCUGUUUGAGGUUUUAGGCUGGGUUUCUGUACAGCACUUUGAUAUAUCAGCUGAUGUAAGAAGGGCUAUAUAUAUAAAUCAAUUUUAUUAAUUAUGGACUACAAAGGGAAACACAGCCGCGAGCUGCCCAGUGACGCAAACCUACCAGACGAGCUAAAUGCCUUUUAUGCUCACUUUGAGGCAAGCCACACUGAAGCAUCCAUGAGCGCACCAGCUGUUCCAGACGACUGUGUGACCAUGCUCCCCGUAGCCGAUGUGAGCAAGACCUUUAAACAGGUCAACAUUCAUAAAGCCGCGGGGCCAGACGGAUUACCAGGACGUGUACUCAAAACAUUGCGUGGACCAACUGGCAAGUGUCUUCACUGACAUUUUCAACCUCUCCCUGACAGAGUCUGUAAUACAUACAUGUUUCAAACAGACCACCAUAGUCCCUGUGCCCAAGAAAGCGACGGUAACCUGCCUAAAUGAUUAUCGCCCCGUAGCACUCAUGUCGGUAGCCAUGAAGUGCUUUGAAAGCCUGGUCAUGGCUCACAUCAACACCAUCAUGCCGGAAACCCUAGACCCACUCCAAUUCGCAUACUGCCCCAACAGAUCCACAGAUGACGCAAUCUCAAUCGCACUCCACACUGCCCUUUCCCACCUGAACAAAAGGAACACCUUUGUGAUAAUGCUGUUCAUUGACUACAACUCAGCGUUCAACACCAUAGUCCCCACAAAGCUCAUCACUAAGCUAAGGACCCUGGGACUAAACACCUCCCUCUGAAACUGGAUCCUGGACUUCCUGAUGGGCCGCCCGCAGGUAGGCAACAACACCGAUGCCACGCUGAUCCGCAACACUGGGGUCACUCAGGAGUGCGUGCUUAGUCCCCUCCUUUACUCCCUGUUCACCAACAACUGUGUGGCCAAGUACGACUCCAACACCAUCAUUAAGUUUGCUGAUGACACAAUAGUGUCAGCCUGAACAGCCUGAUCACCGACAACGAUAAGACAGCCCAUAGGGAGGAGUUCAUAGACAACAACAUCUCCCUCAAUGUGAGCAAGACAAAGGAGCUGAUCAUAGACUACAGGAAAAGUAGGGCCGAACAGGCCCCCCAUUAAUAUAGACGGGGCUGAAGUGGAGCGGGUCGAGAGUUACAAGUUCCUUGGUGUCCACAUCACCAACGAACUAUCAUGGUCCAAACACACAGACAAAUGUUAAGAGGGCACGACAACACCUUUUCUCCCUUAGGAGACUGAAAAGAUUUGGCAUGGGUUCCCAGAACCUCAAAAAGUUAUACAGCUGCACCAUGAAGAGCACCCUGACCGGUUUCAUCACCGCCUGGUAUGGCAACUGCUCAGAAUAUGACCAUAAGUCACUACAGAGGGUAGUGUGUAUGGCCCAAUACAUCACUGGGGCCAAGUUUCCUGACAUCCAGGACCUAUAUACUAGGUGUCAAAGACUCCAGUCGCCCAUGUCAUAGACCGCACGGCAAGCGGUACCGGAGCGCCAAGUCUAGGACCAAAAGGCUCCUUAACAGCUUCUACCCCCAAGCCAUAAGACUGCUGAACAAUUUAUGAAAUAGCCAUCCUGAAUAUUUAUAUUGACUCUACCCCCCUUUGUUUUUCCACUGCUGCUACUCACUGUUUAUUAUCUAUGCAUAGGCACUUUAUAAAUUACCUCGACUAACCUGUACCCCCGCACAUUGACUCGGUAUCGGUACCCCCUGUAUAUAGCCUUGUUAUUGUUAUGUAAUUUUCUUGUGUUACUUUAUGAAAUAUAUAUUUUAAUUUAGUAAGUAUUUUCUUAACUCUAUUUCUUGAACUGCAUUGUGUCACGAAUCCUGCUUCCUGAGUCUGUUUUUGCCUGUGUUCUGUCCUGGAGUGGUUUUCCGGUGUCCUGGAAAACCAGGACACCGGAAAGGCGGAGGUAGCGGUCCUGCUGCUGGGUUGUUGCCCUCCUACGGCCUCCUCCACGUCUCCUGAUGUACUGGCCUGUCUCCUGGUAGCGCCUGCAUGCUCUGGACACUACGCUGACAGACACAGCAAACCUUUUUGCCACAGUUCGCAUUGAUGUGCCAUCCUGGAUGAACUGCACUACCUGAGCCACUUGUGUGGGUUGUAGACUCCGUCUCAUGCUACCACUAGAGUGAGAGCACCGCCAGCAUUCAAAAGUGACCAAAACAUCAGCCAGGAAGCAUAGGAACUGAGAAGUGGUCUGUGGUCACCACCUGCAGAAUCACUCCUGUUUUGGGGGGUGUCUUGCUAAUUGCCUAUAAUUUCCACCUUUUGUCUAUUCCAUUUGCACAACAGCAUGUGAAAUUUAUUGUCAAUCAGUGUUGCUUCCUAAGUGGACAGUUUGAUUUCACAGAAGUGUGAUUGACUUGGAGUUACAUUGUGUUGUUUAAGUGUUCCCUUUAUUUUUUUGAGCAGUGUAUAUCGUGUAGAACUAACGUGACAGAAAAGAGUGUAUCAUUGUUCCAAGAGUUUAUGAUGACCAAGAUCCUACCUGUCCAUGGCAAAGACAGCUUCAAUUAAUUGUUAGUGUUUCCAAUUUACCAGAACUCAAAUCAGUUGUAAGUAAAGUACAAGCCACAUAUUUGUUACCUAUUAGCAAGGCUUUAAACCUAAAACGCUGGUCAUGUUCUUCUUUUUUGAUUUACUCUGACUUGAUUUGAUUUGUUUGCCUUUAGAUGCUUAUUUUUCUAUAAUCAGAUGCUUAUCAACAGUCUUUUUGGCCAACAGUAAGCAUCUCUGAUUUGGCUUUUGACAAGAGGAAAGCAAAUUCAUUGCAAUCCAUUCCGCCUGUCUUACAAAAGCCCUGUGCUCAUUCAUACAUAAAGGCAUCACUGUCUCCAUCACAGGAGACAUCUAUGCUUUAAGGCAUAUUCUUGAUUAUUUUUUAGCAAUUAAGUAUUAGUCCAUGUAUGUUUGCCUUGGUAUACUCAAGAAAUUACAAGGAGGCCUAAGCCCUCAGGUGCCAUAGCACUGUAUCAGAGGAACCACUCUGCCCCCUAGUGGUUAUUGUGCCUCUCACAUCCACCUGUUAUUAUUAGCAAAAUGAGUAGUACUGCAUUUAUAUCUGUGUGCUUUGACUUACAAAUCACAUGUGUAUUUGACUAGUGAAUGAAAGGGGGUAGAUACUGUAUCUCCAAAGGCCUGUAAGAUAGCUGUGCUGCCCUGCCUACCUAUCUUAUCCUCCUUGUUCAGCUGCUGUGAUUGAGGCAUCUGUCUGGCUGUAAUUAGGGCAGAUGACACCGUUUUGAACGGGUUUCCUCUUUUCCACCCGCUGCUCAUCGUCACUCUGUCUCGCUAACUGGCAGAGUGCCAGUCUCUGGUGACCCAUUUUGUGUAGAGUGACAUGUGUGGAACCAAUCCUUUUUCUCACGCAAGCCGCAUUCCACCAAUCACCACAGCUGGGCGGGACUUCCAAUGCAGCCCUUCAACAUGGCGCCUACGAGGAAGUGAGCUGCAUUUAAAACAAAUGUUUAUACUUAGUGACAAGUACAGUGAGUAGUAAGUUUAAAGUAUAUAAUUUUCAAGACGGUAACUGCAAAAUGAAAGGCAAAGAUAGGUCGCCCGUGAAAAAGCGCUCGCGUAUUCUGGACGAUAUCCGAGAACGGGGAGGAAGUCACCCAACAAGUAACGUUAAGAAAAUGGGAUCUUUCUCUGCAGGUGACAACAACGGGAAUGGUUCUGUCAAAAGUGGUGUUUCGGUAAGACGGAGUUUACCAUCUGAAAAGAGAGACAGUCGAGAUGUAUACUGCCAUGUGUCCAGUCGAACUGAGAGUAACCACGGAUAUGCUAACACAACUGGUUCGAGUAGCAAGUUACACAUUAGCCUUGCUCUGGACCCUACCACAAGGAGCAAUUCUCGCGGGGAACUGCGGCCUCUUCCGAGCAACGAAAGUGAGUACAAGACUCUAAAAAUUGGCGAACUGGGUUCUCAGUUAAGCGACGAAGAAAUUGAAGAUGGAUUAUUUCACGAAUUUAAGAAAUUUGGGGACGUGAGUGUCAAAAUAAGCCGAGUUAACGACGAAAGGGUGGCAUUUGUGGAUUUCAGAAGGCCGGAAAACGCCAAGGCGGCCAAGCACGCACGCGGCAAGUUGGUGCUCUAUGAUCGCCCUCUAAAGAUUGAGGCGGUGUGCACGAACCGGCGUAGGAGCCGCUCACCCAUCGAAAAAGAUCCAUAUGUGGGAGUUGCAGGGCACAGACAUUUGCAUGUCCAAAGAUCAAUUUCACCAACGGGGCUAGGAUAUAGAGACUUCAGACUGCAGCAGUUAGCCCUGGGUCGUCUCCCCCCUCCUCCCUCCCCCCCACCCCUCUCUAGAGAACUGGAAAGAGAGAUGGAAUUUUCGAUCUAUGAAGCCAGGGCCCGGCCACCCUUCAUCCCUGACUGUGCAGCUUUCCACGAGGAGGACCUCUUAUCACCUGAAAAUGAUCAGCGGGCCAACAGGACGUUGUUUCUUGGCAAUCUCAACAUCUCAGUGAAAGAGAAUGACUUGAGAAGGGCGUUUAACAGGUUUGGGGUGAUCACAGAGGUGGACAUCAAGCGGACAUCCGCUCGCGGACAGAACUGCACUUAUGGAUUUCUAAAGUUUGAGAACCUGGACAUGGCUCACCGUGCUAAGAUCACCAUGUCAGGCAAAGUGGUGUGUCACAACCCUAUCAAAAUUGGCUAUGGCAAAGCGACCCCCACAUCCAGGCUGUGGGUGGGGGGUCUUGGACACUGGGUCCCCCUUGCUGCCCUGGCCAGGGAGUUUGACCGCUUUGGCACCAUCAGGUCUAUAGACUACAGGAAGGGGGACAUGUGGGCCUACAUUCAGUAUGAAAGCCUGGAUGCUUCCCAGGCCGCCUGCUCCCACAUGCAUGGCUUCCCUCUGGGUGGUCCUGAGAGGAGACUUAGGGUGGACUUUGCCGACACAGAGCUCCGCUACCAGCAACAUUACCUGCAGCCUCACUUUGACCUAGUGGCAGACUCCUUUGUCCACCGGCCAACCCCCGAGGCCAUCAGGGUCAGAGAGAGGAGUCCUCCACCCACACUCUGCUUCAGAGAAAGGGAACUGUACACUGCUGACUGGGCUGGCCUAGUGGUCCGAGAGCGGGUGAGAGGGGCAGCCUUUGAGCCCCCGGAGCACCUAGAAAGGCGUUCACAGGAACCCUGGUCUCUGGAGCGGGAGCUGCAGAGCCGAGACCAGGUCCGAAAACGACACCUCUUGGAGGACGGGCGUCGCCCUGACCGCUCACCGGACAGCAGCAAACAUGUGCGUCGUUGCCACGGCACCUCUAUGGAGCGGAGCCCUGGUGGCAGCUGCCAGGACGGGGUGCGCUACAGCCCUCCACACUCUGACAGACCCUCCCCCGGCGGAGAGCAGCGGAGCAGCCUGGACCAUGGCCCCAGGGACAAGAGACUGCGGACGCUCAGCCCAGCAGAGCCAGAACAGGACCGCAAAUGCAAAGCCAGUGACUCCUGUAAGAGACCUGUAAAGAGGGAGGACCGCUCUGACCACCUCUCCUCCUCCAGGUCUAGCCUGCAGUCCGAGCAAGAGGCCGGGGGGCAGAAGCUCUGCCAGGCCUGGCAGGGCGUGCUCCUGCUGAAGAACAGCAGCUUCCCCACCUCCAUGCAUCUGCUGGAGGGGGACCUAGCUGUGGCAGCCGGACUACUGGUGGAGGGUUCCACUGGUAGCCAGGUGUCCCAGCUGAAGAUCACCCAACGCCUGCGUCUGGACCAGCCCAAGCUGGACGAGGUGUCCCGUCGCAUCAAAACUGCUGGCCCCAGCGGCUACUCUAUCCUUCUAGCUGUGCCAGGGAGCUCCGAGGAGGGUCUUCAGGACGUGGGGAGCUCCACCGAGAGGCCUCUGAAGAACCUGGUCUCCUACCUGAAGCAGAAGCAAGCGGCCGGCGUCAUCAGUCUGCCCGUGGGCGGCAGCCGUGACAAGGACGGCACAGGAGUUCUUCACGCUUUCCCCCCCUGUGAUUUUUCACAGCAUUUCUUGGAUGCCUCAGCUAAAGCCCUUGCCAAAACCGAAGAAGACUACCUGGUUAUGGUCAUUGUCAGAGGAGCGUCAUAAAAUGAGAAAAAAUAGAAAAUCAUUAAUGUCUUGUGUGAUGUAUUGGUAGAACUAUGGCAUGUACACACCCACACUGUGUUACAUGAUUUAGCUGUCUUUCUGUCUUGCAACAAGUAGAACUUCUUGGCAGAAACAAUGCUAUACUGAGAGUAAUUUGGUAAUCAACCAUAACAAGCCUUUCAUAUAUUUGAAGUUGUCAGCUCAGCAUGCAUUAACCUAUAGCUUGUGUUACAUUCUGUUGGUGGUUUACUUUUGAUGGGAAUUAUUUAAAUGUCAAGAAGUGGAUACAUUUAAUUGAAAUGGUUAAGUCAAAGUAGAUUCACCUUUUCUAUUUGCUCAACUAAGCUAUUUAAAUCAUCUGAAUCUGUAGAGUAAAUUAUGUGUUUUUGUAAAUCACAACUAGGCCUAAAUUGAUUGCUUUUAAUAUGGAAAAAAUCUGACUUCCUUUGUAUUUGCUUUGUGAAGUCUUGUUUGCUAUUCAUUGCAGUAGAACAUAAAAGGAUAUAAAGAUUAAUCUGAGACCUGAAAAAACUAAGUGUAUUUCAGUCAUCUCUCAGUUGAAUUUCUUACAUUUACUCAAAACUGGUUAUAAAUCAACCAUGCCAUGAUUUAGGAGCCAUGUGAAGGUGUGUGUACUUAUAUAGCUUUAAGACAAUACAAUUUAUCUUUUAUACAGGUAAAUUGUCUGAUUUUGAAAGGUAUGUCAAUGCAUUGCCAAUUUUACUUGUAAAUUAUUGAAGUCUGCUUUUGUACAUCAAUAAGAGUAUACCUGUCUCUCUUGUCAAGCAACUGUUUAAAAGGGCAUGAAAGGUUUUGAAAUUCAGUUAUUUACAUCAAAGCUUACCUGGAAUAUCCUCAAAUUGAAAAUGUAUGUUUGAUGUCUUACUUAUUGAUAUGUAUAAUUGCGACAAUUUUACAAUUUAUAAUCGUAAAGCGCUAACAUUUUCACCUGCUGUUGUCAGUGUAUCUUGGCUUGGCACCAAUAGCACCCACAGUUUAAAUCUGAAUUUUCAAUGUUGGAAACAAUAUUUUGUAUGAAACAUUUCAAGAUAAUCUAGAAUAUCAGAGUUAUCGAUGUGUUACAAUGUGUUGCAUUGCCCUGCUGGCGUUAGAAUAUUGGUAAAAAAAACAACUAUAGUAAAUGGUAAAAAAUAACUUUUUUGGCUAUAUUAGCAUAAAUCCAGAAUGGUUUUGAUUGUCUACAAGUCUAUGCUCUUUGGUUUCAUCUAAUAGAGGUGAUGCCACAAAUUCCAUAGAGGGUAUUAUUUUUGAGUAAACAAGAAAUACCACAAUUUCCCUGUGCCACUGAGGUCAUUGAGGUCCGGAAGUUCUCAUGGUUUGCAUUAUGAGUUAUUUCUAACAAUCUGCCCCACAGUUAAAUGGUUGAGUCAAGUUUAGGUUUUCUUUCACUGAAAAAGAUAGAAAUCAAGCAUACAAACCAAAUGACAAUGGCCCUUCAUGGCAGUAAUGUGUCCCUUGAUGACUUCCCCUUUUGGUUCUGAGAGAACUGUCUAGAUAAGAAGUGAAACCAUUAGAAACUUUUCUAGCUUUCCAGAGAGCUAUGUGGAGCCAUUUCUAAUACAGUCCUAUCAGUUUCACAAAAGUGAGUCAACAAGGACCGAAGGAAAGGAGUUUAUCUAAAUGGAAUUUAUCCAAUGUGUUAAAUCAGUUAUGUCAAAGUUAUGACUCAGGAUUGAAAAAGCAUACCUUUCUUUUUGCUCUCAAGGACAAAGAGUAUGUGUGUGUGUAUAUAUAGAUUUUAACACUGAGUUUAGCUUAACGAUAUACUUUUUCAAAUUUUGUUUUAGAGUUAAACUAAAGAUAAGGCUGUUGACUGGCAUUAGGCCUAAUAUGUAUAAACAUUUCUCAAUACUACAGUUAAAGUUAAUUUAGAUAAUUAGUGAUUUUCAAUUUGGCUUUUGCAAUCAUUGCCAACUUUAUACUUGAGGAACUCAGUAGUGCUGUUGAUGCCAGAGCCAUUUGCUUUUUCUUAGAAAUCGAAGUGUAUUGACCCCCCCCCAAAAAAUGUAUGUAUUUUUAGUUACAUUUCUUGUAUAAAAUGAUUACUGUAUGUAUGCUAUAGACACUUCAGAUUUGAGCAAGGGAUACCAGCAUGGAUAACACCACCGUACUACCAUUGGACACUGGGAAACACCAUAUGCAAAAAUACCCCAGAAUGCACAGGGGUAAGGGUCCUUUGCACAGUGUCCCUUUAUGCAUUUCACUGAAUUGACUGCUCUUAAGUUGUGCUAAUGCUUUGUGAUGCCAGUUCCCGUGUUUUAAAUGGAAAAUUUGCCUGAUGCUGUGUACACCUGAUUUCUGGAGAGAAAAAUGGAAACCACCAUUGCACGUACGCCUAAAACACAAAGUGCAGCUUGCAUUUUAUAGGUUUUGUUUCGGUAUCAAAAAAUUUUGUUUUUCGUGGGGAAACAAAUAUUUCUGCCCUGGAAGACAACUUUUUUAAACCUUUUCCAUUGUGUUGCGACGGAAUUGUCUUUUGCACUUAAAACACGUAAAGGCCCCGUCUGUUUGAAAAAUGGGAGCACCUUUUCAGACCAUAGAGGAAAGAAAGUGAGAGCAAUGCAACACACUUCUCAAAUCUUUGUGUUGACUUUGCUCACCAUUGUUGACCCCCUCCUUUUCAAAGAGUUGCUGAUGUUCCAUUUGUUAAUGCCUAAAUUAGGCCCUCCCUUUUACCUGGCCACCAUUUCUGUGCCUUUGCUGAGGCGUCCCUAGUGUUCCCUUGGAAGAGGGGAGUGAGGGCCUACUCCUGUGUAAUCUCUGGUUCUCGUAGCUGGAGGGGCAGGAGCUGUUCUCUAGUGAGCUGUUACAACGGAGGCUGGAGAGAGGCUCACCUCUCCUGGCUGCUGCUCUGAUGGCGGGGCUGUUAUCACUUUGGGCCACUCUGAUCCAGUUGUCCCGGGUGUUCCUCUGCAUACCACACCUCUGCUGUGUCACUGGGGUCGUCGACACACAGCUGGGGUGCCUGUCCCGUCAACUCAACUCUACUGACCACAACAAACAUGCAGAGCUAAUAGAGUAAUGCCUCAACAUCCGUUCCAGCCUAACAAGGAUCCAUGGUUUGCUCUCCCUGCCUUGAAGCCUGCGGGAAGAAGAUUUUACUAUUUUAGGCCAAGGUUACAUUGGUACUUCACCCUGUGAGGGAGUGACACGACUGAACCUCAGAUCUCGUCACCCAGUCUUUCCACAAACUCCAUGUGCCACUCCCAGUAUAAGGAACCAACCACCCAUUUGGUCUGUGCAGGGAGCCUUGAUUUGAUUUACUUGUAAAAUGUAUUGUUAGUGAAUAUGAAAUUAAAAUGAAGAGACCGUCAUUGUGCUACAAUCAUGGAUCAAGAAUCCAUAGUAAGCCCUUCCCAGUUAACACUCACCUCAGUGCCAGGAUGCCAGGCCUGACCAGCAUAGCUGCUGAUUUGAUAUGUAAACUUUGGUAGGAAAUGCAAAUCCUGCCUUGCAAAAGACCCACUGUGUGCCACAUCCUGGACGCCAACACAAGGCUUCUCAGAGGAUUGAAGCUUUGCCUGUCUGACAUGAGUGGGCAACAGACGCCUGUCCCUGCUCAGGUAAAGUUUGCAGCCGGCCUGAACGACAUACUUGGGCAAAUUUAGAUUAGAAAUGUUGCUUAUCCGAAAGAAGUUAGAGACUGGUUUUAAGUCCCUCUGAUGUGAAUGUCGCAUACCGGUAAGUGAAAUUUAAUAUUACAUUUUACUCAGUCAAGUGUAACUGGGGAGGGAUCGAUAAAUAGCUAUGAUAUCCUCCUUAAAGGCUAUAUUGUCCCCCCAAAAAUGUAAAGAUUCAGACAGUGGCUAUUUAAAAGCAUUUAUGAAGAACCUCUGGUAUUGAACAAAUGUUCAUGAGUUAAAAUUAUAACUCCAUAUUAUCAGGGGAGACAGGAUCCAUCCAUCUUGAAUGUUUAAUGAUAUUCAUGGGUAGGGUAGAGUGUUUCCACUGCUUAUGAGUGGGGGAGAGACGAACUCUUGAAAACAUUGAUUUUCAGCCUUUUAUGUCUGCAGCAUGAGCUUAUAAUUCAGUUUAACAGAACUCUGACAGUUCUGAUAACAGGUGCCUGAUGUCCUGGUAGGAUUUCUGAUAUGCUGCUUGUAUAACUGCAUAAAAUGGCAGGGAAACCCUUAAUAAUCUCCAAGUUUCAUUUGAUAGAUUUGACAGAUAAAAGAACAGCAGUGGACUCAUGUCCCCCCCUUCUGAAGAUGAAAUGUUGAACAGAGAGUAGCAGAAAGGAUUGAUAUAUUAAUAUGCCAUGCGUAUUGAUCAUCAGUAGUCAUGUAAUGUUGUCAGAUCAUGCAGGGCCCUUCACUGAUAAUAUUAAAUGGGUUUUGAUUAAUUACUUAUUUCACAGUAGGUAAUGUUGACUUUGCAUUAUGAAGAGGUAAGUAGUGACUUUUUCUUAACCAUCACUAGUCCCAGGUGCGUUGUGAGCAGUACGUGCUGUCGUUUCACCAUUCACAAAAAGAUUCUAGAAGGUUCUAACGCUAAAUCAACUUUUUUCGACUAGAUUAUAACGCUUAGUUAUUUUAUUUGAUACUGAAAGCUUUGGAUAAUCAAUUUUUUUCUUCUUAUUAUUUUACCAGGGAAAUUUACAGCAAUAAACUGGGGAAUAGUUACAGGAGGAUGAAUGAGCCUAAAAUUGUCACCAGUACUAUUUCAGGGGAUCAGAUGUUUGUAUGAAAUGUGUAUUUUUACUGUGCUGCAUGUGUUUGUUGUUUCUCUGGCCAGUCUUGUCUUUGUGUUAAGGAUGUGUCCCGUUCUCGUCAGUCGUCAGCUUUUUGAUUAAUCCUCCAGGAAGAAUUUGGCAGCAGGUUGUACCACAUCAUAUGCACAUUAACACCCCAUACUAGUGUAUUAUGACCUCCCUUUGUGUUCCACAUGAAAGGAGUGAACAGGGAUUAUUCACAUGUUUGAGUGUCAUCGGGGCUUGGGAAAGAACAACACUUCAUGCUGGAAAGGGAGGAAAGAAGGAUAGGCUUGCGCUGUUGAAAAAGUGGAAGAGUCAGAACUGUAAAACUGUACAAUGUGCAGAGUUUUACCUGAAGAUGUUUUAUGUCAUUAACGGUAUCUGGUUGAUACUGUAUUAAACAAGGAAUUCAUCUGACAAGAAAUAGACACCUUGGUGAGUACAUUUUCUAAUGCUGUCAGUGGUUACCAUUUUUUAUCUUAUUGCAUUUAGCCAGAGUCAUUAUUUACUAUGUGAACUAAUUGUAAUUUGUACAUACCAUAUUAGAUUUCAGUCAUAACAAUUGCUAUAAUGUUAUUUUUUAAUAAAGAGUUGUAUUUAAA